AGAAGAGGACAGAGAAGCUGAUCGGAGACCUUGGACAAGAAGCGACACCGGAAAACAACUUCUCCCACCACGCCGAUCGGAGACCGGCAACCACAACCAUGUUGUUCAGAUACUUAUAAACAGGACUGAUAUACCUGGAAUCCCACUCAUACUAACACCAUGAAAAAAAAAUUGAAAGCAGAGGGGAUGAAAGUGGCUCUCUAGUUUUCUUCGUCAUGCAAGAGCUGCGAACAAAAAGCCAUAGUGGUGUGGAGAGGCCGCUUGGAGUGACUUAAAAACGUAUUGGUCUCUAGAAAAUAUAAAAUAAUAUCUAAUCAGAAUUCGAAGAAUCGAGGUUCCAGUAAAGGGAGAGCACUCCACACUACUGACCGCAUCUCAGACCUCGAUGUAAUUGAGCAAAUGAGUAAAGAAAAACGUCCUGUUGAUGUGAUGUGGAUGAGGCCUUUCUAGUCACUCGCCAGCAUAAGGAUGGAUGGAGGGUCGAUUCACGCUCCAUGGAAACAUACUACAUGUCAAAAGAAAAUAAAGAAGAUAGCCGAAAGUGAAGAUGGUUCUACAAGUGGCACAAGUGAUAUUAACAGUAGCUUCGUCGGAAUCUGCCUCGUCGUCUCCAUCUCUCUGCUCUCCUUCCUCGUCUUCUCCGAGUGGCUCCGCGGUUUCGAAAACCCCCACGCUUUCGUCCGCACCGGCACAACCACAACAACCUCGGACUCGAUCCGCUGCGGCGGCGGCGAGGACGACGACCGGACCCCGCCGGCGACCAACAUCUCCCACGUCCUCUUCGGCAUCGGCAGUUCCCUGGAAACGUGGAACAGCCGGCGCCAUUACUGCGACGUCUGGUGGGACCCGAACGUGAUGCGGGGGUUCGUGUGGCUCGACCGGCGUCCCCCGGAGAACAAGACGUGGCCGGAGCGGUCCCCGCCGUUCCGGGUCUCGCAGGACACGACCGGGUUCAAGUACACGUGCAGUUACGGGUCGAGGUCGGCGGUGCGGAUCGCGAGGAUCGUGAAGGAGAGCUUCGAGUUGGGGGCGGAGAACGUGCGGUGGUUCGUGAUGGGGGACGACGACACGGUGUUCUUCCCGGAGAAUCUGGUGGCGGUGCUGUCAAAGUACGACCACAGGGAGAUGUAUUACAUCGGGGGGGUGUCGGAGAGCGUGGAGCAGGCGGAGGAACACUCGUACACCAUGGCCUACGGCGGCGGGGGGUUCGCCAUCAGCUACCCGCUGGCGGCAAAGCUGGUUAGGGUUUUGGACGGAUGCAUCGAUCGGUAUGCCGAAUAUUACGGCUCAGAUCGUAAAAUUGGUGCCUGUAUCGCCGAGAUUGGCGUUCCCCUCACCAAAGAACCCGGUUUUCACCAGAUGGACAUAAGGGACGACCCUUAUGGGCUGCUGGCCGCACAUUCGGUGGCGCCACUAGUAUCGUUGCACCACCUGGGCCACAUGUGGCCGAUGUUUCCUGAAAAAUCCCAAGAGGAAUCUUUGAGGAAACUGGUGUCGGCCUACAAAGCCGACCCAAGUAGGACGCUACAACAAAGUUUCUGCUACGACACGAGGCGAAACUGGACCAUUUCAGUUGCGUGGGGGUACACAGUCCAGCUGUACCCCGCGUUGGUGAGAGCCAAGGAGUUGGAGAUGCCGUACGGGACGUUCUUGACCUGGAACACGUGGCAAGAGCGUCCCUUCACUUUUGACGUGCGGAGGAUGAGCUCGGACUUGUGCGAGAAGCCAUUGAUUUUUUACUUGGACGACAAAGUCGGAAGCUUUGGAAGUCGCGGGAGCGUGACGACUUACAAUAGGGCGAGAGAGGAGGACGGAAAAGAAUGCGAUAGCGAGGAGUAUAAACCUGCAUUGUCCGUUUCGGCUUUCAACGUCUCCGCUCAAGUCUUAAGUCCGGAUAUAUGGAAAAAGGCACCAAGGCGUCAAUGCUGCGAGGUGGUCAACGACCGGAAUGGAAUAGAUCAUAUAUUGCAACUCAAACUUAGAGGAUGCAAUCGAUGGGAAUCAUCAGUAACACCUCCAUAGCGUGAUUUGCACAUUUCCACUUCCAAAUUUUUGGUUCAAUGAUGGUUUUCGUGUUACACUACUUUAGAUAUUUAUGGAGUAUAUAAAAACCAUUAUAUAUAUCUCUGUGUGUGUAUAAAAUUUAAAGGUUCAAACUAAAUGAAAAUCUUACCUUACU